AUGGAUCCUAGGGACAGGAAUGCUAUUGGGCAGGAUCAUUCCACUGCUGAGCUGGGAGAUUCUUAUGAGAAGUUCACUCACCUGAAGCCUCCUACUUUCGCGAGAAGUACCAACCCGAUCCUUGCAAAGAACUGGAUUCGAGAGAUUGAGAAGAUCUUGGUUGUAUUGCGAUGCACUGAAGAGCAGAAGGUGCUAUAUGCUACGUUUAAAUUGACUGGAGAGGGCGAGAGAUGGUGGGAAGCAAUAAAGCUGCUAAAGGAGCAGAGACUAGUACCGGUGGCGAUGACAUGGAGCCAUUUCAGAGAAGUAUUCUUUGAUCGGUAUUUUUUAGCCUCUAUCAGAAAAGUAAAGGCAGACGAGCUCCUGAACCUGGUUCAAGGACAGCUGAUUGUUCAGCAGUAUGUCGAACGAUUUGUGGAGCUAUCACGAUUUGCCCCUUACAUGGUACCAGAUGAGCCUACGAAGGCUUGGAUGUUCGAGAUGGGUUUGAAGCGGGAGAUUAAAAAGUAG